AUGCCCAGCUCACCAGCAGCUUUUACAUCAAUGUUGUCAACUCCUGAUCCAAUUCUGACAAUUAUUCUUAAGGCUUUGAAUUUUUCCAGAUCUUCUUUCGUCAGAAUAAUCGUGUGCCACAUCAAAGCUCCUACGGCUUCAUUUAAUGUGGAUUGUGCAUCGCAAAAAGCGACAGUAGCAACGUCUUUUAAAAUUGGCAUCUCAAUGGAACAGUCUCGUCCGUCAAGCAGAGCAACCAACGGGCGAAUGCUCGAAUUAAACCGAGUGGUGAAAGUGAGAAGUGUUGAGCGAAAUUUGAGGUUACCUCAACCGCGCCGGCUUCUUAUAAACAACUUAGGUAUUAAUACCGGUAAAACGUCACACACUCACUGUUCCGUAUCCAGAGACUACUGGCUGGGGCUAAUGUUUUUAGAAUUACACGUUGUUGUUAUUUUUCGGAGGUUCUGGGAAAAAAUCCCCAAGUUUGAUAAACUACUCUUGGAAAAUAAAGAUGGCAAUGACUCGUGUACUUGGUGGUGUGUGUGUUUUUCGAUUGUAAAAAAACCCGUGCGCGCUUUUGCUGAUCGGAAAAUGCCGGAUUUGCUGACACGUGGCGCCAUCCUAUACGCAUUCACUGUUAUAUGUAUGAUACAUUCUAUUCAUUACUUUACUUAUUUCAUUAUUCCUCAAGCACUUGAAGGUACUUUUAUGUUUUUCAGAGUUCGAGUCGCUACUCCCAUUAAACGAUUAAGCGAUAAUGGGCAACUGUGCAAUUACGUGGCGAUAUUAAUUUUUAAAUUUGAAUAA